GCGGUUGUUUGCUUUCAAUUCUCGAUGAGACCUUCCGAGGGAGUGUUGCAGCCACUGACGACAUCGACGCACUUUUCACACACCACAAGCAGCUGCUUAUCAUUUGGUUUGUUCAUUUUGCUUCGCGUUUUGCUAACCAGCUUCAAUCAGCCUUAACAACUUACUAACCCGAUGGCAAAAUGCUGUCCUACGACCUCAACGAACGCCUGCUGACCGCCGUUCAGAGCGGAGAUUUCGAGCAGGCACUGGGAUGCAUCAUGCAAGGGGCCCAGGCCUCCUAUGUAUCUCCCACUUGCGGUCGCACUGCCGUGGGCACAGCGGCCAUCCUGGGCGACGCCGAGCUGCUGGAGCUUCUGCUGCAGUCCUGCGAGGAGCCCGAGCUGGAUGUCUUUCAUCAGUCUAACACGGAUAGCCUCGAGAUCGAGCGAACGCCCGAAGGAAUGGAGAAACUGGAGUGGGUGGACGAGUUCGAGAAUUGUUCGGAGAAUGGAGCAGGAAGCGGCGAAGAGGACAGUCAGUUGUAUCAGUAUUAUGCAAAAACCUUCGAAACCACCGGAGAGUUCAUAUCAUCCCAGUGCUGUGUCUCCUGUCGGGAGCAGGAUCCUCAUCUCUAUGAUGCCGAGUUGGCCACACCCCUGCACUACGCCGCCUGUUGGGGCCACGAGGAGUGCGUGCGCAUCCUGUUGGAGCACAAUGCACCCAUCAAUGUGGUCAAUAGCGAGGGAUACGCACCGCUCCAUGUGGGUGCCGGUUUCGCUGGUGUCACCAAGUUACUGAUCAAGCACGGUGCCUUGGUGAAUGCCAAGACCCUGGGUGACGGCAAGACCGCUCUUCAUGUGGCCAUCGAGAGCAAGUCCGCGGAAUCGGCCCGGCUGCUGCUCCAAACGAACAUCAACAUCAAUGAUACGGAUGACGAUGGCGAGACGCCUUUAAUGACGGCCAUCGCCUGCAGCUUGUUAGAUGUGGCUCAAGAGUUGGUGAAGCGUGGUGCUCGCAUCAAUCUCCAGGAUAAGCAGAAUCACACGGCCCUGCAGUACGCGGUAAGGGGUCGUCACGGCCAGAUGGCCAAGUUGCUACUGGAGCGCGGUGCACGUCGCCUGGCCUCCCAACACCUACUGCAUCUCGCCGUGGAGUCUAACGAUAGGGAACUGGUGGAACUUCUGCUGCAGUACGGCGAGAGUUUAUCCGUACGGGAUGCUGAUAACUACACCCCCAUCAUGCUGGCCAUCCAUCUGGGGCGUCACGAAAUGCUGGAGUAUCUGCUGAGCGUGGCUGAGGAACAUCGCAAGCUCGGACUCUACUCGGAUGUGCACGAUGAGGGCUUGAUUUUGUUUGCCGUGCAGCAGAAUGUUUGGGUUAAGGAGUUUAGCCGCAUCCUGCGUGUAUUGCUUGCCAAAUUACCCAGCGCUCGUAAGGAUUUCUAUGGCUCCUGUGCUCCGACUAUCGUUUGUGGCCUGCUUUACUGUCAAACUCCGCUGUCCAGGGCCAUCAACCUGCACCGCCUGGAGGUCGCCGAAUUCCUUAUCCACGAGGGCUGCAAUCUGGCGCAGAUUUGCCGGGAGCAUGUGGUGAAUGAGCUCAGAUCCAAUUGCACGCCAACCAGAUUGGCCUUCGCAAGGUUGCUAUGCAACGCUGGCUUCCAGUUUCCGCACAAGCAUCGACCCCUGCCCAAGGACUGGCCACCGGCACGACAGGAAUUCGAGCGGGAAAUGUGUUUGUUUGGCACCCAGCCACGCUCCUUGCAGUCACUCGCUCGCCUGGAGAUUCGUCGGAGUCUCCUGAGAUCUCUGCGAACGCGGUCGGAGGUGCAGGACAAGUAUCGCCCCACCCAGGAGAGGUCGUCGCUGGGCAGGAUCGUGGAUGAGUUUGCCAUACCCGCCACUUUGAAACGCUAUCUCAGCGACUUUGCCGAACUUCCGGCGGUAAGGGGAAUGGAGCCGGUCGAGAUACCUGUUAUAAGAUGCACAGAGUCUUGGGAUUGAU